CUUACGAUUUGCAUCUCUUCGUUCGUUCCGCGUUUCGUUCAAACAACGUCCACGUCGAUCGCUGUUCGGUAUAAAAAGUUCCUUCCUCACAUCAUUUCACUCUCUCAUUCAUGUUCUCUCGCCUCUCCCAACUCGCACGACACCUCUCUCGUCCUCUACCCAACUACGCGCAUCGUUCCGCGGCCGCAUCGCCUGCGAUCUUGUCCUCGAAGAUGACAUCAUCAUCCACAUCAAUACAGCAGAAGAAAAUGAUACACACAGCGGGUUGCAUAAUCAUAGGCGACGAGGUGUUGGGUGGAAAGGCAAGUACCUGCAAUGCAAUGCCGGAAUGGGGGAUUCUGCGUCGUUGAGAGAGAAGCGUUCCAGUGGUUGCUGUUUGCUGACGAAAUAUGUUGCCGGGUUUGCGCAGACAGUCGACACGAACAGCGCGUAUCUUGCAAAGUUUUGCUUUUCACUGGGCAUACAAUUGAAGAGAGUGGAAGUGAUUGCGGACGACGAAGAUGAAAUAAUAGAAGCCGCCAGGCGCAUGUCCAAGAAUUAUGAUUUUGUGGUUACGAGUGGCGGCAUUGGUCCUACACACGAUGACAUAACGUACCAGUCAAUAGCGAAGGCGUUCAAUCUCGAAUUAAAACUCCACGAACCGACCGUGGCCAAGAUGAAGAAGUUUUCAAGACCUCACAAGUCACAACCGAAUUUCGAUUGGGAUAAACCGUCGGCGGCGUUGACGGCCAAGUUAAGAAUGGCUCAACUACCCAUCGACCCAAGACUCCCAGAAGAGGACCAGGUUUUGUAUGUCAAGGAGGAUCUGUGGGUCCCCAUUUCCGUGGUCAAUGGAAACAUUCACAUCUUGCCCGGUGUGCCCAGGCUAUUUGAGGCGUUGCUGGAAGGCAUGAAGCCGAGGAUCAUGCCUCUUUUGAAAGACCCGGAGGGAAAGGGAACGUAUCGGAUGCUCUUCAGCACGCCCUUGGCCGAGAGCGCCGUGGCAGAGUACCUCACGAGCCUUGCCGCGAAAGUCGAGCCGAAGGGUAUCAAGGUAGGGAGCUAUCCUCGCUGGGGCAAAGGCAGGAACAUCGUGACCUUGGUCGGAAUCGACCGAGACUACAUGGACUCGCUGGAGGCCGAGGUUGCCGAGGGAGUUAAAGGUCGAAGGGUUCAGGUGGAGGGAGAAGAUGACACUGACGAUGAGACGGAUCCCAAAAAGGACAAAGAUGCGUGAUGAAGAAUAUAGUCUGUAUAUUCAUCCGUACCUUUUUCUCUGUCACCAACAUCUACAAAAGAUACACUGUUGAAAAUUUUACUGUAUAAACCCUUA